AUGAAGGAGUUUAAAGAUGAUGAUGCCGUAUGUCGUGUCGUAAAGGCGGGCAUUAAAACUGCUUGCCAAACUGGAGGAGCAUGGGCAGGUAAACGGAUUGGAACCCAGUAUGGACCACAGAUUGGAACAAAGAUUGGAACAUGGAUUGGAACAGCUGUCCUGCCUGGUGUCGGAAGCGCAAUGACUGUUUUUACGAAAGGUGACGGCGGCGAGGAGAAGGGCGAAAAAAAGUUGCCACAGGUGGUCAUCUCGCCGUCUCCACUCGCGCCCACCCCGUCGCCGACUCCGCCAGAGGACGAUGCAGUCGGGAAAAAGAAGCGAUCCUCAUCAUUUGGCCCCCUUUCGAUUAUUCGACUUUCCCCCUCGCCAUUCGCUCGCACCCCGUCCCCAUCACCGCCCGAAUACGAAGAUCAUUGGCAUAGAUUGUACCGUAUCCGAGCGUGGCUUGUCUUUUUUGCUUUGACGAUCUUCACAUUCUCCUUUGUCGCCGGAUACUUUUUUCACAAAACAGUGACCCCGAAAACCCUACCGUACACCGCGUACACCCAGACGGCCUUCAGCGACAACGGGCACGCCGAGGAACUUCGGCAAAAUGUCGAGGUUGAUCCAGCCAAUGACUACGAAAAGAUGAACGUGCAACAAUUCGGGAGCAAUAGACCCGCUGUGUUCAUUCACGAUUUCAAAAAGAACAUGACAGCAAUUGUGGAUGUGCUUGGGCGACGGUGUUUCUUGCGGGAUUUAGAUCGAUCAACGAUGUUAUCGCCCAGAGAGCUCAUCUCUCGGAUCAGGAGAAUGAAGUCCGAGUCGUCGAAAGAAAUGCGCCCAGUGGUGCGCGAGACAUUCCGCGUCGGUCCACCCAUCGCUCACCAGGAUCUCAUCGAUUUGAACUCACAGAUGGUGAAUCGGCAUUGUCUCUUCCGACCCGUUUUCAUGCUGCACAAAAUCUCACAAACCGAGCAAGACGUGAUGAAACGACAGAAAAGGGAGUCGCCGGCCGAGCCCCGCGAAGAGGAUUUGACAUUUGCGGUGAUGGGCGGAGAGCGAGUCGAAGUCGAUCACAUUAUGUUC